UUUUUUUUUUUUUUCCUCAAAAGCCCCUCAAAUUCUUCAAAUAUAUUCUUUUCACAUUUUUCUUUCAGCUGAACAUACUGUUUCAGUUCAUAUAUUUCCCAAAAAAGUUUCCCUAGAUCCAUAUUUUCCCGCCCAAAAUUAGUUGCUAAAACUUUCCCAUCUUUAUUACAGCUAUACCAAAAAAAAAAAAAAAACACACACACACAAUUACCACGUGUAAAAAAAAUUCUGUUUUUUUUUUUUUUUUUUGUUUGUUAACUUCUUUGUGUUGAUAAUGCAAUUUUUUGUGGUAUGUCUACUAGUGUAAAACUCAAUGGUAGAUUAUGAUAAUGUGAAGCUAUUGUUCUUAGAAAUUCUUACUAUAUUUUCCAAAAAAGUUAGUGGAACUUUAUUUUAUAGACCAUUACCACCGAUGUUAGGUAAUGGAAAAUCAAUUGAUUUAUUCAAACUUUACUCACUUGUUAGACAAAAUGGUGGGUAUGAAAGAGUUUGUGAAAAUAUGUUAUGGGGUUUAGUUGCUAAUAAUUGUGGGUUUCAUUUGAGUUAUGGUUUAGCUGUUAAGUUGGUUUAUGUUAAGUAUUUGGAUGUAUUAGAAAGAUGGAUGUUAAGAAUCAAGAAAAUGGAUAAAAAUGAAGUGCAAAAAUGUGAUUUGAGUGAUGUUGAGUUGGAUUUGAAGGAGAUUUUAGCGAAAAUUUCGGAUAAAAAUGUGAAUUUGGGUGGUUUUGAUGGGUUGAAUGGAAGUAGUAGUGAGAAAUUUGAUGGUAAAAGAAAUUUGGUGAGAUUUGGAGAAAGUACAAAUUUGGUGAAAUUUGGAGAAAGUACAAAUUUGGGUGACUUUGAUGUUGGCUUAAAUGAAGGUACUGGGAAAUUUGAUGGUAAAAAUGGUUUGGUGAAAUUUGGAGAAAAUGCAAAUUUGGGUGAUUUUGAAAGUACUGAGAAAGUUGAUGGUAAAAGAAAUUUGGUGAAAUUUGGAGAAAAUACAAAUUUGGGUGAUUUUGAUGACUUGAGUGGAAGUACUAUUGAGAAAUUUGAUGGUAAAAGAAAUUUGGUGAAAAAUACAAAUUUGGGUGAUAUCGACGAAAAUAGGAGUGUUCUGCAUGGGAGAGAUGACUUGUUAACGAAGUCGAGUGUGGUUGAGGAAGAUUGUGUUAGUAGGAAGAGGAAGAGAGAGUCUUGUUUGGAUUUGGUGAAGUGGGUUGGUGAAGUUGCAAAGAAUCCUUGUGAUACUGCUAUAGGUAUUUUGCCGGAUAGGUCUAAGUGGAAGGAUUAUGGGAAUGAAGUGGUGUGGAAGCGGGUUUUGUUGCUGCGCGAUGAAAUGCUUUUGAAAAGGGACGGGGUGGAUUCAUGUGCACAAUAUUCGAUACGGCAGAAGAUGCAUCCAUCUAUGUAUGAUGAUAGUUCUGGUUCUGGAAGAUUAAGAUGCAGCCAGCGAGUCCUAUCUGCAAAAGAUCCUCUGAAAAAGAGGUGUGCACUGCUGUUUUCUGUGUCAUCUUCAAGUUCUCAUAGUGAUGAGGAUCAGGUCGAUGGAGCAACCGACUCAUCUGCAGAGUCAGAAAUUUGUUUUUGGUGGAAGCAGCGCAAAAAGAGAAUACCAGUUGGGCCACAGUUUCAAACAGAUGUUCCUGAAUGGAUUGAGGAGAACUAUGAAACUGACCCUAAAUGGCUGGGCACCCAAAUCUGGCCACUAGACAAACGAGUAAAAAAGAGAACGUUAAUUGACAGAAAUCCUAUUGGGAAAGGAAGGAAAGAUAUCUGUGGCUGCCAAUCUCCAGGUUCUUAUGACUGUGUCAAGCUUCAUAUUUUCGAGAAAAGGAGGAAGGUUAAGAUUGAUUUAGGAUCAGCCUAUUAUCAGUGGAAAUUUGACUCUAUGGGUGAAGAAGUUGCACUUUCUUGGUCAAGAGAAGAAGAAAGGAAGUUUCAGGAUAUAGUGAAGUCGAACCCUUUGUCUGAGGAGAAGAGUUUCUGGAAGGAGAUUUUUAAGUUCUUUCCAAACAAAAGCAGGGAGUCUUUAGUAAGCUACUACUUUAAUGUCUUCCUUCUAAGGCGCAGAAGCGAGCAGAAUAGGACUAAUGCCGGUAAUGUUGACAGUGAUGAUGAUGAAUCAGAAUAUGGACCUAGAUUUAAUUGUUUCGGUAGGGAUGCUACGUUCUCCAUCUUUCGUUCCCCAAAGAAAAGCACGUCCGGAUCGGAGGUAGUACAUAAAUCUUGAUUAUGGUCAUGGAAGUUUCCAGAACUGUAAAUUGCCAGAGUUAUAUUGGAAAGUAUUUCUUUUACAACUGCAGAUAUAUGAUUUUGUCGUGGAAUUGUACAUUUUUUUUUUUGGGUCAGUGAAUUUUGGAGGUUGAACGGAGUUUCAAGGAUAUUGGUUUUUCUCUGUUUCUUCGCCUGAGCAGCACAGCUUCUCCCGUCGUUUUGAUCACAAACAUGUGUAGGAAUGUUGCUUUACAUUAACAAGUUCUUGAAUUAGUGAAGUACUCAAAAGUACAGCGCAACAAGAUUGUAAGGAGCACUGUCUUGCUUAACAGCAAAACAUUUUUGUAAGUUGAUGUACACAUGCUGUACUUCCUGAUAUCCUCAUUGUUUAAUGAGGUUAUAUUUUCCAACUCUCUUGCCUUUACUUCUGUGCUCAUCUGAAGCCUUUGAAUAGCCUUUUUAUUUA